CCCAGUCCAACCUUCACCGCACCGUCCGUAAAAAUGGGUUUUGCUGCUUCACUCUCUCUGCAACUCUCGUCUCCUCUAUAUGGAGAAGUGUUUUCAUCGUCUUCUUCUACACUUUUCAAAGGGGCCCCACUCACUUUCACUCCAGUUUCUCUCUCUGGAAAAAAGUCACAUUUGCAGAAGCGAUUCUUUGUUGAUUCGAAGAGAAUCUCGGGCUUGGAGGAGGCUAUCAGAAUCAGGAGAGAACGUGAGGCUAAAACUCCAACAAGUAUUAAAAAAAGGCAACCACUAAUGCGUAGAAGGGUAUCACAACGUCUUCCUGUGCCUGAUCACAUACCAAAGCCUCCUUAUCUAAGUUCUACUUUGUUGCCAGAACUUUCAAGUGAAUAUCAAAUUCCUGAUUCUGAAGGCAUCAUUCACAUGAGGGCUGCAUGUGAGCUUGCUGCUCAGGUCUUGGACUAUGCAGGAACAUUGGUUAGGCCAUCAGUGACAACAGAUCAAAUUGAUAAAGCGGUGCACCAAAUGAUUAUUGAUGCUGGUGCUUACCCUUCACCUCUUGGAUACGGGGGAUUCCCAAAGAGUGUGUGCACAUCAGUUAAUGAGUGCAUGUGUCAUGGAAUACCUGAUUCUCGCCAGCUGCAGGAUGGUGACAUAAUAAACAUUGACGUGACAGUCUAUUUAAAUGGUUAUCAUGGAGACACAUCAAAGACUUUUCUCUGCGGCAAUGUUAGCGAUUCUAUGAAACGGCUUGUGAGGGUAACUGAAGAAUGUUUGCAAAGGGGCAUUGCUGUUUGCAAAGAUGGUGCUUUGUUUAGGAAAAUCGGAAAGAAAAUCAGUGAACAUGCCGAAAAAUUUGGUUUUGGUGUGGUGGAUCGUUUUGUUGGUCAUGGCGUGGGGACCAUAUUUCAUUCCGAACCUAUUAUUUAUCAUCACCGCAAUGACAAGCCUGGUUUCAUGGUUGAAGGUCAAACAUUUACUAUUGAACCAAUCCUUACCAUGGGAAGCAUCAAGUGUAAAACAUGGGAGGAUAACUGGACAACUCUUACGGCCGAUGGCAGUCCCGCGGCACAGUUCGAGCAUACCAUUUUAAUCACAAGAACUGGUGCAGAAAUCUUGACCAAAUAUGACAACCAAUAGAGAUAAGUUUUUGUCAUGUAUUUGAUGUUAUACGAAGGGUGGUGAAAGUGUCAUAUAGAACUAGAAGUGUAAUCUUUCAUUUGUUUCCAAAACAAAAUCAUAAUUCUCACCUCAUGUUUUACAAAACACUAUAUAGAAGGAACUUGUAUUGAACUUUCCUUUGUAAAUGCUUGGAAAUCUACCGUCUUAAAAUGUUCAAAUGAGAUUUAGCAAGGGGAGAAUUUGGAUUUGAUCAUUUGACUUGUACGGAAUCUAUUUAUUUAGGAUUGUUUGGAAUUGUUUUGUGUAAUAUGUAACCAUUUCAUUCUGACUUUUUUGAGAUGAUAAUAGAUGUUUGAUUGUUUACUUAAAA